AUGUCUCGAGCAACACCUCCAGAAGCCAUCGCAGGUAGGCCCGUAGGCCCUGUCGCGUUUGGGAUGAUGAAUCUCACCCUAUUCGGCAACAUCCCACACGAGGAAGGAAUCAAGCCACUGAAGGCUGCUCUGGAUAACGGUGCCAACUUCUGGAAUGCGGGCACCUUGUACGGGACCCCUGACGCCAACUCGCUCCAUCUCCUCAAGUACUACUUCACCAAGUACCCCGAAGAUGCAUCUCGAGUUGUGCUCAGUGUUAAGGGAGCGUAUAACGGCGCUAACCAAACCCCUGACUGUAGCCCGGAAGGUAUCAGGACUUCCGUCGACGAAGCUCUGCGAGUGCUCGAUGGGCUUAAGUCUAUCGACCUCUUCGAGUGUGCCCGUGUUGACCCUAAAGUCCCCAUAGAGACCAGCAUCCGUGCCUUAGCGCAGCUGGUCAAGGAAGGCAAAAUCGGCUCCUAUGGCCUCAGCGAGGUCAACGCGGCAACAAUCCGUCUCGCAAACGCCGUGUACCCUCCUGCCGCCGUUGAAGUCGAACUAAGCUUAUUCUCGCGCCACGUUCUUGAGAAAGGUGGUAUUGCCGACACGUGCCGCGAGCUUAAAAUUCCACUACUAGGAUACAGCCCCCUUGAUCGCGGCUGGCUGACCGGCCAGUUCAAGACGUUAGAUGACCUUCCAAAGGACGACUUCCGCCGAAUGUGGCCUCGCUUCCAGCCUGGCGCUUUCGAACAGAAUGUUAAGUUGGCUGAGAUUAUCGAGGAGGUCGCCAAGAAAAAAGGGUGUACGAGCGCUCAGAUCGCCAUUGCAUGGGUCAGGUGGCAGGGCGUGCUCCCUAUCCCUGGUGCUACGAAGGUCCACCGGGCCACUGAGAACUGUAACGUUGUCGAGCUUACGGACGCCGAGGCGGCUGAGCUCCAGAACGCUUUGGACAGGAUGGAGGUCGUUGGAGACCGUUACCCGGAAAUGUUCCACGAGCACCUGAACAAGUAG